AUGAUUCAAAUCAUUUUUUUCCUAUAUCCCAUCUAUCUAUCUAUCUAUCUAUCUAUCUAUCUAUCUAUCAAUCAAAUCUCGGUCUGUUCAUAUCUAUCUAUCUAUCUAUCUAUCUAUCUAUCUAUCUAUCUAUCAAAUAUCAGUCUGUUCAUAUCUAUCUAUCUAUCUAUCUAUCUAUCUAUCAAUCAAUCAAUCAAUCAAAUCUCUGUCUGUUCAUAUCUAUCUAUCUAUCUAUCUAUCUAUCAAUCAAUUAAAUCUCGAUCUGUUCAUAUCUAUCUAUCUAUCUAUCUAUCUAUCUAUCUAUCAAAUCUCGGUCUGUUCAUAUCUAUCUAUCUAUCUAUCUAUCUAUCUAUCUAUCAAUCAAAUCUCGGUCUGUUCAUAUCUAUCUAUCUAUCUAUCUAUCUAUCUAUCUAUCUAUCUAUCAAUCAAUCAAAUCUCGGUCUGUUCAUAUCUAUCUAUCUAUCCAUCUAUCAAUCAAACAAUCAAAUCUCGGUCUGUUCAUAUCUAUCUAUCUAUCUAUCUAUCUAUCUAUCUAUCUAUCAAUUAAAUCUCGAUCUGUUCAUAUCUAUCUAUCUAUCUAUCUAUCUAUCAAUCAAUCAAUCAAUCAAUCAAUCGAAUCUCUGUCUGUUCAUAUCUAUCUAUCUAUCUAUCUAUCUAUCAAUCAAUUAA